CCACAUUCAACAGUAUCAAUGAAGGCUCUUAUUCUCGUUGGAGGUUUUGGCACUCGUCUUCGUCCACUUACGUUUUCUAAGCCAAAGCCAUUGGUGGACUUUGCUAACAAGCCCAUGAUUCUCCACCAGAUCGCCGCGCUUGCUGCAGUAGGUGUCAAGGAGAUUGUGCUCGCUGUCAAUUACCAGCCCGAAGUCAUGGCCAACGCCAUGCAAAAAGUCGAAGACGAGUUUAACAUCAAGAUAACUUUCUCCAUUGAAUCUGAGCCUCUUGGCACAGCUGGUCCACUGGGUCUUGCUCGAGAUAUUCUUGGUGCGGACGACUCUCCUUUCUUUGUGCUGAACUCGGACGUCAUUUGCGAGUUUCCCUUCAAAUCCCUUUUGGAAUUCCAUAUUUCCCAUGGCAAAGAAGGAACCCUCAUGACUACCACUGUUCCAGAUCCAUCCAAGUUUGGUGUCAUUUUGUUCAAACCUGACUCGACACAGAUUGACCGAUUUGUUGAAAAACCAAAAGAGUUUGUUGGAAAUCAAAUUAAUGCCGGUAUCUACAUCUUCAAUCCAUCCAUCCUCAAGAGAAUUCCAGGCAAACCCACUUCCAUUGAGACCUACGUAUUUCCAAGAAUGGCUAGAGAUGGUCAGUUGCAUGCCACACCACUUGUCGGUUUCUGGGCAGAUGUAGGUCAACCCAAAGAUUUUCUCAGUGGGCAGGGUCUGUACCUCGAUUCGAUUUCCAAACACGCUCCAGAAACCCUUGCAAAAGACGAUUUUAUUCAAGAGAAUGUGCUGAUUGAUCCCACCGCCAAGAUUGGAACAGACUGCAAAAUCGGACCCAAUGUUGUUAUUGGCCCUGGUGUCACGAUUGGAAACGGUGUUCGACUGCAAAAGGCUACCAUUAUGCGUGGAGCAUCUGUAAAAGACAACGCGUGGGUCAAAAACUCAAUCAUUGGAUGGUACUCGAGUGUUGGUCGCUGGGCACGUCUUGAUGGUGUUACUGUUCUUGGUGAAGAUGUUCAAGUUAAAGAUGAAAUCUUUCUUAACGGAGCCACUGUUUUACCACACAAGGGCGUUUCGGUGGAUAUCCUUGAGCCUCAAAUUGUCAUGUAGCUUUUUUGAAAGUUCUGAGGCUUAUUCAAAACCAUCGAGUUUAGAGUGAUAUCAACCAACAAAACUGUUUCUAAAUAUCUUGUCGACCUUUGAGAUUUUUUUUAAAAAUGGUUGGUGGUUCUCUCAAAUUUUUAUCAAUAAACUAUAAAAGUUUAGGUUUUGAUGGUC